AGAAAACGUAGACAGGUUGCUCUUGACUUGAAUACUGGAAUUCUGCAUAUAAUUAUAAUCCUUGGAUAACAGCACAUUCAGCCCAGGAGGAUUCUACAGUUGUAGAUUCAGGUCUCCACUGAACCAAGCUUCACUCAAGAUGGGAAAUGAGAAUUCAGUUUAUGAAUUUACGGAACACCCUCAGGCUAACGGGAAGCUGCAGAAUGGAGAGGCAAACGGCCACGUCAUCAGGAUUGUGGAUGCUCAGUUGAUCAGUCAGUCAACCUCGCGACCCUCCGAACAGGAGAAAGUGCCCUCAGAAGCUGGCAAGCCGGCAGGCAGCCAAAAGCAGGCUGGUGGUGUCCGCCCCUCUGACGGCCCAGGGAAUCCAACGCAGCAACUGGAGCCGAGGAGGGAGGAGGAGGUGUCUCCCACAAAGGCCCCAGAGCAGGACAGUGACCGUAAGCGGACCAAAGGUACCCCUCGACAGGCCACAUUCUCGCUUUUCAAAUCGGUGUCACCUCCUGCUGAAGCUCCAGGGAAUCCAGCACAUCAGCCGGUGCUGAAAGAGGAAGAGGUCAGUGUCCAGCCUCCACCUGCUGCAGAUAAGGAGGUGGAGCCCAAGCAGGACACAGAGGAGAAGGUGCCAUUGUUCAACAAGCUUUUCAAGAAGAAAACAGAGGCCAAGAUUGAGGUGGACCUGCCUGUGGUGGAGACUGAUGGCUCACAGGGGGAGGAGAAGCCUGUUGUAGUUAAAAUCAAGGAAAAUGGCCUCCAUUGUGAGCCUGGAAAAGGCGAGGAGGCGUCGGCCCUGCGUUCUCAGCAUCUUGCCAGCGUCCCGGUGGAAAGCAAAGAGCUCGGCGUCAACAGCGACAACGUCUACCCGCAGCAAGCUGAACACGGGGAGAGUCUCCGAGAAGAACGCCCAGUGAUGAAUUUUUUCAAAACAUUCGCGAGUCCAAGUAAAACUUCCAAAGGAGUCUCUCCAGAUGUCUCCAAAGACACGGCAAAGGGCACCAAGGAGCCCGAGGGCCAAAGCAAACUGGAAAAGGGGUCUGCAGCCAAGACAGCAGAGCCCCCUGCCUCAGAACCUAAAGACACGGACCCCAAUCCAAAGGACUCCACGGGGGGGACAUUCAGCAAACUCUUUAGGCAGAAGUCCUUCAAGGAUACCCAACCAACAGCCACAAGUGAGGUAGAUGCUGCUACUGCUUCUAGAUCUACCAAGACAGCCCCACCACCUGAACCACCUAAAGCAGAAACCAAAGCAGAACCGGCAGCCAAAAAUCCCAAGAACUCCCAAAAGGAAGUACCCAAGGAUGCCCCGAGUGGGCCGGAGAUCAAGCAGAAGCCUGCUAAAAGUAGGCCUUUCUCCAAACUCUUCCAGCGCAAGACUAUGGAGGAGGAGCCACAGGAGGAGGAUCCGCAAAAGGAUGAGGAGGAGGGGCAGGGUGGAGCGUCAAAGGCCAGUACACUAGAAGCGUCCGCACUGCCAGCACAGACAGGAAAACCACAGGAGAAAAAGAAAUCGAAUCUUAUCACCCUUUUCAAGACGAAGGUACCGCAACGCCCACAAACAUCUAAAGUCCAGACUGCCCCGACAUGUGGAAACAGUGUCCCUGUCAGCACUGAUGUACCGACCCCCGACACCACAAAGAACACGCUGCCUGAUGCACCUCCUCUGCCCGAGGCGGCCCAAGGUGUCAAGUUGAAGGAGGACCCCAAACCCGGCACUGAGGCCGAGAAGAAGAGGAGCGGAAAGCAGGAAGUCAUACCCAAAGUCAAGGCCCUGGAGGUCGCCGUAGACAGCAAAUCAGUGUCGGAAGCCUCACAGAGCGGCGAUGAAGCCGCCGUCAGUGUCUCCAAAAAACUAGAGAAGAGGAACUCCAUCCACUUAUUCUUCAAAAGCCUGGGGCCAAAGAGGCUGUCGGAAGCCAGCGUUCAGACUGAUCCCGUGACCAUUACUUAUCCGUGUGAAAAGGCCAAGUAACAGCCCCGCUGAGAGUCUCCACUGCCGUAUUCUUUGACCCUAAUGAAUAGCAAGAUGAACUUUUGUACAGAUACAUCUUUCCUUUUCUCAUCUGAGAGUGGGAGGAAGGGUGGGGAAAUUUUAAAUGUGUACCAGGGUUAAGAGCAAGUGGUUAGCGAUUGCGAAAGGAAGGACAGCUGUGUCAUGUGAAGCGGGAAAUGGAAAGAAAGCCCAUUUUCAACAGGCUCAGAUAUGACUCCGGUUGUGGCAUUUCGAUGGACAUCAGUGCCGUUUUGGCAAAAAAGCAGUAGCUAAUCUAUAGAGACGUGCGACUCUGUUUUACUCACUUUAACUGACAUGGCAUUUAUUUUUAUAUAAAAAGGGAGCAUGUUCUUAAAGCCCCGCCUUCAACUUGGGGAGUGUUCAACUUAAAUCUUCCUAAACUCAAACCUUAUAUUUAUCUGUAUGUUGGAUAUUCUAAUGCUAAGAUUUGUCUGAUCCUAAAUACCUGCACAUGUGUACCUAUUAUUUUCUUUGUAAACCAAUAUCUUCUCAUGGAACAUGAAGAACAUUAAAAAUGCAUUGCCUAUGUGA